AGUAACGCAGUAGUCAUUCUCCUUCACUUUUCACCUCUUCUCAAAACCCUCGCGCCACUAUUUUUUUCCCUUUUUUUUUUACCAUUUUAUGGACCUCUUCGCCGCCGAUCACUUCCCCGUCCCCGACCACGUCGCUCCAUUUCCCGAUUCCGGCGACCUUCUAUUCCCUGCCGACCUCCUCUCCCACCGCCACAACCCCCAGAAGCUCCGCCCCAUCCGGUCCCUUCCCUCCGCUCUCAAUGCCCACCCUCGUCCGCCCGAUCUGAUUGCCUCCGAGUCGGGUCACACCCCGAGCCAAGAAUCUGACUCGGCUUUGGAUGCGGAGGAUGAAGAGGAGAAUGAUGACAAUUCAUCAGCAAGCCCUGAAGGAAAUGCGGAGAGAUACAAAUCCAUGAUGGACCUUACAAUGUCAUAAAAAACUGGGACUAUGCUGGACUGGUGGAAAAAAUAGACAAUGGUGAAGGCAAGUGCUGGACUACUAAGGUGCACUGUGAGGAGGAGCUAACAGAAGCAAUAAAGAUAGCAAUGGAAAGAAAAAAGAGUUGCCUAUGCUUCAUUGAAGUGAUAGUUGAGAGCGAUGAUGCAAGCAAGGAAUUGAUUGUGUUGGGAAGCAGGCUUGCGGCUUUUAGUGGUCGCCCACCUAAGGAUAAUUAAGAUUUCGCAGAUCUUAUAACAUAUAUUAUACUAUUGUUUAAAGUUUAUUUAUCAUCAUCCAAAUAUAAUAUUUUAUCAUUACAAAUUGUCAUUAGUCAAUUAUUUGAAAAAAAACAUUAUCAAACAAAUACUUUUAUACUAAGAACGUAGUCUAUGUAGGGCUAGCUUCAUGUUUGCAUGAGUUGUAUUAAAUAAAUAGAAAAGAGGAUUGCUUGAUUUAUUGCUGGUUUUACAUGUAUUUGUAU